UCCUCAAAUCUCCCACACACCCUUAAGAGAGGGAAAACCCAACAAAACAAGCUUAAACAAGAAGAAGAAUAAAGAAAAUGGAACUACUUCUUCAAUGUCCCCUGUGUUGCCACACAGAAGAUCAACAACCACAAUCUGAUCACUUCAAUCACCUUCAUUCAGAAUCAUCAAACUCUUCCUCCCUAUCUUCACAGCCAAGCCUCCCUUCUGUCCCCUCCCUCACCCCACCACCCUCUCAUCAAACCACCACCCACCACCAGCUCCUCACCACCGUCAAAGGCCACACCUCCCCCAUCUUCUCCCUCACCCUCCACGGCAAAUACCUCUACAGCGCCUCUUCCACCUCCGAGAUAAGAAGAUGCCGCAGGGACCCUUUUCUCCUCCAAUCCUCAACCAACAACAACAACGUCGUCGCAACCACCAACGGAGCCAUCAAAUCCCUCAUCGUUUCCGGCGAUUUUCUCUUCAGCGCACACCAAGACCACAAAAUCCGCGUCUGGAAAAUCGAAUCCUGUGAAAACAACAACAACAACAACAACCCAAACCAGAGGUUAAUCAAAAGCAUAGCCACACUCCCCACCUUCAACGACCGAUUCUCGAAGCUCUUUUCAUCCAAGAACUACGUCGAGGUGCGGCGGCACAAGCGAUGCACGUGGGUGCACCACAUGGACACCGUCUCUGCUCUUGCUCUGUCUCACGACGGUGCUCUGCUUUACUCUGCUUCAUGGGACAGAGCAUUCAAAAUCUGGCGAACCUCAGAUUUCAAGUGUGUGGAGUCUGUCAAGAACGCUCACGAGGAUGCGAUCAAUGCAAUCGUCGUGUCCCCUGAUGGGGUUGUUUACACAGGCUCUGCAGAUAACAGGAUCAAGGCAUGGAAGGUGCAUGCAGGGGAGAAGAAGCAUUCUCUGUUGGAAACAUUGGAGAAGCAUAAAUCGGCUGUGAAUGCUUUGGCACUGAAUGAAGAUGGGUCGGUGUUGUAUUCAGGAGCAUGUGACAGGUCGAUUUUGGUGUGGGAGAGGGACGGUGGUGAUGGUGGUGGAGAGAUGGUGGUGGUGGGUGCUUUGCGGGGGCACACGAAGGCGAUAUUGUGUUUGGUGGUGGUGGGGGAUUUGGUGUUUAGUGGUUCGGCGGAUAAUAGUGUGAGGGUGUGGAGGAGAGGGGUUGGGAAGAGUUAUGCAUGUGUGGCGGUGUUGGAAGGUCAUCGGCGGCCGGUGAAGUGUUUGGCGGUGGCGGUGGCGGUUGACUUCAAUAAUGGUGGUGGUCCCGGUGGUGAUGAUGAAAGUAGUAGUAGUUCUUGUCUGGUUUACAGUGGUAGUCUAGAUUGUGACAUUAAAGUUUGGAGAAUACGCGUUCCAUUGCUUUGAUUCUUUUGAUUAAUAUUUUGGACAAAUUUUUUUUUUCUUCUAUACUGAUUUUGUACAUUAAAAAUGAGAAAUUCCCUUUCUUAUA